AUGACAACUCUGUCACACGAUAUAGCUGGUUUAAUUCUGCCGCAUGAUCAGUAUGGAAGUCAUCUAAAUGCAGAUGGAAAAACGAUCGAUGUUGUUUUGGAAAAAGAGAACUUCUGUAAAGCAGGUGAAACAUUAGCAGAAGUGUGGUCGUCGACAGUGAUUGAUAGUUUUCCUGUAGUAGCACAAUAUGUUGAGCAUAGUGAUUUUGCUGCAGAAGAGAAUUUGGAUGAAAAAUGGUGUUCGCUUCCUGUUCUACAAACACAGUAUGCAUGUCAAAUAGUUAGAUGUAAUUCAAUAGAAUGUUGUGGUCAGUGGCGAAGUAAUUAUAUACAAAUAUUUCCGCAUCGUUUCUUACCAGCACCUGUUCCAUUUCAACAUACUUCAGAAGGUCUAGAGGUUGCACAGACUGACAACGGUAGUGGUGCUUUUAUGGCUCUCUUUCUCAAAGAUUAA